CUGUUGAGUUGAAGGGGCUCUACGUGACUGAAAGAGAGGGGCCAGCACUUCAGAUCGGAGGCGCAGCGGUGCAGGACAGUUCAGAAGCGCAGAGAGGAGAGGAGUACGGGAGAGACGGUGGCCGUCCGUCAACCAGCUGGGGGAAAACACACACUAACAAACCCUUAUGGCUGCUUGAGAAAUAACGAUAUACCCCCCCUCCCCCCUUUUUUUCUCUGGGACUUUUUUGGCUUUUAGUUUUUUUUUUUAUUGUCCUGACCAGAAGUUUUUGCAAGUCUAAUUAGCUGUUGAAAAAGUGAAUCCACUUUGCCGUGGACGUCUCUGGCGGUCAUGGAUACCCAUAUAAGAUGGAAAGUUAAACGGAGGAUAAGGGACGUCCAAAUCACUUUAUCCGUGAUUCUCCUUUUUAUCACGUCGCAAGCGAGCUCAGUGGAACCAGCAGACCUCUUGAAGAUUUUAGAUUUUCACAGUUUACCCGAAGGUGUUACGAAAACAACGGGAUUGUGCUCACAUAGAAGGUCAUCACAAGGACCCGAUGUGGCUUACAGAGUAUCCAAAGAUGCCCAGCUCAGUGCCCCCACCAAACAGCUGUACCCAGGUGAUGUCUUCCCUGAGGACUUUUCCAUCAUGGCCACAGUGAAGCCUAAGAAGGGCAGCCAGUCCUUCCUGUUGUCUCUGUACAAUGAACAGGGCAUCCAGCAGCUUGGUCUAGAAGUGGGACGCUCUCCAGUCUUCCUGUAUGAGGACCACACAGGCAGACCCAGCCCUGAGGACUACCCCCUCUUCAGAGGAGUCAACCUAGCCGACGGAAAGUGGCAUCGAGUGGCCAUCAGCGUGCACAAGCAGACCAUCACCCUCAUUCUGGACUGUAAAAAGAAGACCACACAGAAGUUACUCCGAAGUCCCCAACCAGUCAUUGAUACCAAAGGAAUUAUAGUGUUUGGAACAAGAAUACUUGAUGAAGAAGUCUUUGAGGGAGACAUCCAGCAGCUAAUGAUUGUAGCAGACCAUCGUGCUGCCUAUGACUACUGUGAGCACUACAGCCCUGAUUGUGAAGUGCCAUCCCCUGACCAGCCACAGAACCAGGACCCCGGCACAGACAACACUAAGAAAGCGGAGGACAGCUACUAUUAUGAAUACCCUUACUACGAUGAUUUGGAAAAGCCUUAUGACUCAACUCUUGAUUCUGAGACAACUGAGACAACCACAAAAGAGGAGACAGAAGGGGACAGUCUGAUCACAGGGGGUGAGAUUUUGAAAGGCAGUUCGACUGGCACCGACUGGACCUCCAUCUCCACCGGCUCAUCCUCUCGCUCAUCCAGCAGCUCUUCAAGUACUGAUACUGGAGGAGGAGAAGAUGAUUACGCAUUGGGGGUCACGUACGGCACCUAUGAGGGCUAUGACGACUACUAUGACUCCACGUCUUCACCUGGUGGCGUUGAUACCUCUCGAAGUGUCACCAUCACCGGCAUCGGCACUGGGGGCGAGCUGGACCUGGGAGCAGGGGGAAGGGUUGAUUUGAAUGCCGGGACUGGAACGAGGGUCAUCACCACUGGUGAAAGGACUACAGUCACAAUCUCCAGCAACAAAACAUCAGCAGGAGCCUCCCACGAUGACUACGGAUCCUACGGAUAUGACGACUAUGACUUUGACAGGACCCACACCAUUGAUGGAGAUGGCAGCAGCAGCAGCAGUACAAUAAACAUUGGAGGUGGAGGCAGCAGCAGCAGCAGUACUCUGAACAUUGGAGGUGGAGGCAGCAGCAGCAGCAGUACUCUGAACAUUGGAGGUGGAGGCAGCAGCAGCAGCAGUACUCUGAACAUUGGAGGUGGUGGUAGCAGCAGCAGCAGUUCCACCAUCACUCUCGGGGGUGGAGGAAGUUCCGUGUCAGUGGGAGGCGGCUCAGCCAGCGCAGGCACCGGAAACCGAGGGUCCAUCGCCACCGGCACUGGCCUGGAUGUGGAUGCCUAUGAUUACACGGAAGGGUUCAAUCAGGAGGACCUGAAAAACUAUGACGGAGAGCUAGAUGAAACCUACGAUUACGGCACAGAGCUGCCUAACAUAGGGCUGCCCGCUAACACUCAGGAUUAUGGGCAGGGUUACGGAGCUCAUGGUGAGAAAGGACAGAAGGGAGAGCCUGCUGUUAUUGAGCCUGGAAUGUUAGUGGAAGGUCCGGCUGGGCCUGAAGGGCCAACAGGUCUCCCUGGACCCCCAGGUGCUUCCGGCCCACCAGGCAGUCCUGGAGAUUCUGGAGAGAGGGGUCUUCCAGGUCGUCCUGGUCUUCCUGGUGCUGAUGGCCUGCCAGGACCUCCUGGAACUGUCCUGAUGCUGCCUUUCAGACUCAGCGCCGGAGGUGACUCUGGGCAGAAGGGACCUGCUGUAUCAGCACAGGAGGCCCAGAUGCAAGCCAUCAUGCAGCAGGCUAGGCUGGCUAUGCGCGGUCCUACAGGGCCAAUGGGUUUGACUGGCAGACCUGGACCGCUGGGUCCUCCUGGUGUACCAGGACUGAAGGGGGAGUCUGGAGAGGCAGGACCUCAGGGACCACGUGGACCUUUGGGAACACCUGGACCUCCUGGAAAGUCUGGUAGACGAGGUCGCUCUGGAGCUGAUGGUGCCAGGGGCAUGCCAGGACAGACUGGACCAAAGGGAGACAGAGGAUUUGAUGGUCUGGCUGGACUUCCUGGUGAAAAAGGACACAGAGGUGAACCCGGCCCCCAUGGACCUCCGGGUGGUCCUGGAGAGGAUGGAGAGAGGGGAGAUGAUGGAGAGAUCGGACCCAGGGGACUUCCUGGUGAACCAGGGCCUCGGGGUUUGCUGGGACCAAAAGGACCUCAGGGACCUCCUGGACCACCUGGCGUUACUGGAAUGGAUGGCCACCCUGGACCCAAGGGAAACAUAGGACCCCAAGGAGAGCCAGGACCUCCCGGACAGCAAGGCAACCCAGGAGCCCAGGGACUUGCAGGGCCUCAAGGACCCAUUGGACCUCCAGGAGAGAAGGGCCCGACCGGAAAGCCAGGCUUGCCAGGAAUGCCAGGAGCUGAUGGCCCUCCGGGUCACCCUGGAAAAGAGGGGCCUUCUGGAGAGAAAGGCCACAUGGGCCCUCCUGGCCCUCAAGGACCUAUUGGUUAUCCUGGGCCUCGAGGCGUGAAGGGAGCUGACGGUGUGCGUGGCCUUAAAGGACACAAGGGUGAAAAGGGAGAAGACGGCUUCCCCGGCUUCAAGGGAGAUAUGGGUAUCAAAGGCGACAGGGGAGAACUUGGACCAGCAGGACCCAGAGGUGAAGAUGGCCCCGAGGGGCCAAAGGGUCGUUCCGGGCUUCCAGGAGAUGCUGGUCCUCUUGGCCCAAGUGGUGAGAAGGGUAAACUCGGAGUUCCUGGAUUGCCAGGAUACCCAGGAAGACAAGGACCAAAGGGAUCCCAGGGUUUCCAAGGUUUCCCUGGUGCCAAUGGAGAGAAAGGAACUCGGGGAACAGCAGGAAAGCCGGGCCCACGCGGACAGAGAGGACCAACGGGGCCUCGAGGAGAGAGAGGACCAAGAGGACUGACAGGAAAAGCUGGUCCAAAGGGUAACUCAGGGAAUGACGGCCCACCGGGACCUCCCGGUGAGAGGGGAUUGCCUGGGCCUCAGGGACCAACAGGUUUCCCAGGACCAAAGGGCCCCCCUGGACCUGCAGGGAAAGACGGAUUGCCAGGACAUCCUGGACAGAGAGGAGAAACUGGAUUCCAAGGCAAAACAGGCCCUCCUGGUCCUCCAGGAGUGGUUGGACCUCAGGGACCAACAGGUGAGACUGGACAAACGGGAGAACGUGGACACCCUGGACCCCCGGGACCACCUGGUGAGCAAGGUCUGCCUGGAGCUGCAGGAAAAGAAGGAGCCAAGGGUGAUCCUGGCCCUGCUGGCCCGUCUGGUAAAGAUGGCCCACCUGGGCAAAGAGGUUUCCCUGGAGAGAGAGGUCUGCCUGGUCCUGUGGGAGCUCAUGGCCUGAAAGGGAAUGAGGGUCCUCCUGGCCCACCUGGCCCUGCUGGUUCUCCUGGUGAGCGUGGUCCUGCAGGGCCAGCAGGACCUACAGGUCUCCCAGGACGCUCUGGCCCCCAGGGACCUCCAGGCCCUGCUGGAGAGAAAGGUGGACCGGGAGAGAAAGGACCUCAAGGUCCAGCUGGAAGAGAUGGUAUUCAGGGACCUGUUGGUCUGCCAGGACCUGGAGGACCUCCUGGCCCACCUGGAGAGGACGGAGACAAGGGAGAGAUUGGAGAGCCGGGCCAGAAAGGAAGUAAGGGUGACAAAGGAGAACAUGGUCCACCCGGUCCUACUGGCCCUCAAGGACCUGUUGGAGCACCGGGUCCUGCUGGUGCAGAUGGUGAGCCUGGUCCCAGAGGUCAGCAGGGUAUGUUUGGCCAGAAAGGAGAUGAAGGAUCCAGAGGAUUCCCCGGACCUCCAGGCCCAGUUGGUCUGCAGGGCUUACCUGGUCCACCUGGCGAGAAAGGUGAAACUGGAGAUGUUGGUCAAAUGGGUCCACCAGGUCCCCCUGGUCCCAGAGGUCCCUCAGGACCCCCGGGAGCCGACGGUUCUCAGGGACCUCCCGGUGGUAUUGGAAACCCUGGUGCUGUUGGAGAAAAGGGAGAUACCGGUGAAACAGGAGAGCCAGGCCCUCAGGGAGAAGUUGGCCCACCAGGUUCAAGAGGAGAACGAGGAGAGAAGGGAGAGGCUGGUCCGGCUGGUGCUGCUGGACCUCCAGGCCCUAAGGGACCCCCAGGAGAUGAUGGUCCAAAAGGCAGCCCAGGUCCAAGUGGUUUCCCUGGUGACCCCGGCCCCCCUGGAGAGCCUGGUCCAGCUGGCUUAGACGGUUUACCGGGUGACAAGGGCGAUGAUGGAGAGGCUGGUCAGGCUGGUUCACCUGGACCAACUGGAGAAUCUGGUCCUGCUGGACCACCAGGAAAGAGAGGGCCUCCUGGACCUGCAGGACCUGAGGGAAGACAAGGAGAGAAGGGAGGCAAGGGAGAGCCUGGGUUAGAAGGUCCCCCUGGAAAAACAGGUCCCGUUGGUCCUCAAGGAUCACCCGGAAAGCCAGGUCCUGAAGGUCUCAGGGGAAUCCCUGGUGCUGUCGGAGAACAAGGUCUACCUGGUGCCCCAGGCCCAGAUGGACCUCCCGGACCUAUGGGCCCACCUGGCUUACCUGGUUUGAAAGGAGACUCUGGUGUCAAAGGAGAAAAGGGCCAUCCAGGUCUUAUUGGUUUAAUUGGACCACCAGGUGAACAGGGAGAGAAAGGUGACAGAGGCCUUCCUGGUCCUUCUGGAUCAGCUGGUCCCAAAGGAGACAAUGGUAUUGCUGGUCCUGCGGGUCCACUUGGUCCCAUUGGCCCCCCUGGAUUACCUGGUCCCCCGGGUCCUAAAGGAGCUAAAGGCUCAUCGGGUCAAACUGGACCAAAGGGAGAGACUGGUACACCUGGACCUCCUGGCCCUCCUGGACCUCCUGGUGAUGUCAUCCACCCACUCCCCAUCCAGGCUCCUAUUAAGGGCCGAUCACGUAGGAACAUCGAUGCCAGCCAGAUGGUGGACGAUGCAGCUAUGGAUGCCAACUAUAAAGACUAUGAUGAUGGCAUGGAGGAAAUCUUUGGCUCACUUAACUCUCUUAAGUUGGAGAUUGAGCAGAUGAAGCACCCACUGGGCACCCAGGGCAACCCUGCACGUACCUGCAAGGACCUGCAGCUCUGCCACCCUGAUUUCCCUGAUGGUGAGUACUGGAUUGAUCCAAACCAGGGCUGCUCCCGGGACUCCUUCAAGGUUUACUGCAACUUCACAGCAAGCGGCGAGAGCUGCAUCUUCCCAGAUAAGAAGUCUGGAGGGGCUAGGCUCACUUCCUGGCUAAAGGAGAAUCCCGGUUCCUGGUUCAGUGAAUUCAAACGUGGUAAACUGCUUUCCUAUGUGGAUGCCGAGGGCAAUCCCAUCGGUGUGGUCCAGAUGACUUUCUUGCGGCUGUUGAGCGCAGCAGCCAGGCAGAACAUGACAUACAACUGCUACCAAUCGGUGGCAUGGCACGACCAGGAGCAGGACAACUAUGACAAGGCCAUCCGCUUCCUGGGCUCCAACGAUGAGGAGAUGUCUUAUGACAACAACCCCUACAUCCGCGCCUUAGUUGAUGGCUGUGCGCUGAAAAAGGGCUAUGAAAAGACAGUACUUGAGAUCAACACACCAAAGGUGGAACAGGUGCCAUUUGUGGACGUCAUGUUCAACGAUUUUGGCGGCCCCACGCAGAAGUUCGGAUUCGAAGUGGGGCCCGUCUGUUUCAUCGGCUAAGACUUUUUAACUGAGCAAAUGGAGAAAGAAAAAAAAAAAAGCAUAUUUUUGUUUUCUCAAAAACAAUUGAUGAAAAAGAAUAAGACGAUUCUAUUUGUAAAAGAAAAACAUUACUUUUUUUUUCCAAAAAGCAACAAGUAUAAA